AUUGUAAAUUGUUUUUAAAUAAACCUAAAUAAAUGUCGCGGGCACAGCUUUAUGUCACACUAACCUAUGUUUAAACUAUGUCUGUUACUUCGUUUAAGUAAAACAGUCGAUUACAGCACAUAAACUACGGUUAGUGCGUGGUGGACAGUAAAAUAUUGUUAAUCAGUCGUUAAUUGUUUAAACAACCGAUUAAAAUUUAAACAUCUGUUGGUGAACUCGACCCUAAGUCGCUUUUUUAUAAUUUUACAUAAUUGUUUAAAAACAGCGGUUCUUAAAUUGAAUAACUAUAUUAAAAAUCUUAAUAGACAUAUUAUGAUUUUUAACGGACACUCAUUGUUUUUUCAUUGGUUUGGUUGUCACCCGCAUGGAAAUUUUUUGGCACUUUUAUGCUUAUGUGCACUAAACUAACUGCAUGCUAUAUUUUUGUGUGUGUGUUUUUUUAAUUUAAGGCCACGAGUCUCAAAAACUCGCGGCAGCAGAGGUGGUGGUCGUGGCCGUGGUCGCCAUACUAAUAAUGAUCGGGGCCCUCAAGAAGGUUUGGGCACUCGAGAAGAAGUAGAGACUCGGGGGAUUGUGCACGCUAGGGGCAGUACACGUACUAGGGGUGGUGUGCGGAGUAGGGGUGGUGUGCGCACUAGAGGCGGUGUACAGAGAAGGGGCGGUGUACGUACUAGGGGUGGCGCAAAUACAUCGCACCCGAUUUGUCUAGAAAGGUAAAUAUAAUAUUACUUAACACAAAUAGAGGUAAAUAACUAUUGCGUAGGUACUAUUACAGUCAAAAUUUAAAUCAGUAUUUAUUAAUUUAUGUUUCUCUAUUUUUAGCAUUUAUUGUGGCCCUCUUAAAGACUGGCCAAGUGGCUUGGCCAUCGAAGUUCCUUUACGGAAAAAAUUUUUUAGGAGGACGACACCGAGUCCCGAACCCGCACGUUCAAGAACUCCCAUACUAGUACAGCAUGAUGAAAUACUAUCUGCAGCUGAAACAUUAGCAGUGCUGAGUUCAGCCCCGCCAUCGCCUGGUUUAGACCAAGGAGCCAUAUCCCAUAUAUUAUCGGCAGCUGAAACAUUAGCAGCUCUGAGUUCAAAUCCGCCGUCGCCUCUUUUAGACAAAGAAGCCAGCUGGCCCUCGUUGCCCCGUGAUUUUGAGUUAGUAUAACAACUAGUACAAUUUUCUCGUGCCUACGCAGAUAAUUAUUUCUUGACUAAUUUUUGCACUUUUGCAGAUUGUUUGAUACUGCAGUUGCAUCACGAGUCGUUUCACCUGCACUUUCAUUAGUUUCAAACGCACCUUCUCCAAUAGUGUGAGUAUUUUUAUUACUUAUAUAAAUUAUUUACUUCUAUUUUCUUUAUUACUUAUUAUUUUUACAAUAUUGUGUCCCAGAAAGAUUACGUGGUUAUAUUUUGUUUUUAUUUACAGAAAUAUUGAAGUCGACACGGUUCAGACAUCUGCCCUUAGAACAGUGCGCCUUCCCAAACGCAGAGAGGAAUCUCCUUCCUAUCAGUAAGUAUCACUUCAUAAUUAAAGAAUAAUAUACCCGUGAUUCUUUUAUGUUAAUAAUAAUAAAAACUAUCUUUUCAGAUCUCCUGCAGUUUGUCGUGGCCCUCCUCGUCCAUUAAAGGACUCAGAAAUAGAAAAUGUCCUUUUCUAUGGCAAGUACCUACUUUAAUAAUCGCUCAUUUCACGUUUAGAUAAAUAGCUUUGAGUUUGUUAUAAUGAGCUGACAUUAUAUCCUUUGUCUGGCAGGAAGCGAGGAAGAUGAUAGUGAUGACGAAGAGACUGAGGAGCUGGCGCCUGUUAUUGUGCCAAGGGUGGCUCGAAUUUACCUUCCGGACGAAGAAGACGAAAGUCCCAGUCAGGCUCAAGCAGAUUUGCGUUGGCCACCAAUCCGGCCCGUCCAACCAGCCCAGCAAGAAGCUGCGAUUCCAAUUGAAGCUCCUACUGAAACUCCGACUGAAAUCUCACUUUUUAUGCCUUCAACAGAUGCGAUACAAAUGGAGCCUAUUAAUAAAUUUGAUUUUAUAUGGAGACAGAUGCCAAACCCUCAGAUUCCACCACAAUUGAGGAGGGAGCAUUUUAUACAAAAUAAAGGGCCAACUCGGGCAUAUGUCGAUCCAUAUGAUGCAUUUGUUGCUAUUUGGGAUCGCCCAAUUAUGGAGCAUAUUGUUAGAGAAACAAAUAAAUAUGCAGAACAGCUUUGCGAGGCAAUGAUCGUCCAAGGCAUUGCCCCGAAUAGCCGGAUUACAAAGUGGGUGGAUACCUCGGUAGAUGAGUUAUACACCUACUUUGCGAUAAUACAAGCCACCGGUAUUGUAAUAAAAUCCCGCUUGGAAGAGUAUUGGUCAACAUCAGCCAAUAUUUUUAUCACCCCUGAAUUUUCGGCCGCAAUGUCUUAUGACCGUUUUUGUCUUCUGAACAAAUGCCUACAUUUUAAUGACAAUGCUUUAUGUUCGACGGAAAGAUUAAACAACAGUGAGGCGAAAUUACAUAAGUUGCAGCCAAUAUUGCAGCAUCUUAAUGACAAAUUCACUUCACUGUACAUGCUAGGGCAAAACAUUGCACUUGAUGAAAGUUUGACGAUGUGGAAGGGUCGCUUAAAUAUUAGGCAGCACAUCCCAAACAAAGCAGCGACAGUAGGCAUCAAGACGUACGAAAUAUGUGAAUCUCAGACGGGAUUCCUGUGGCGUUUUGAGGUAGAAGCACGCCAAGCCUCCACGAGCGAAGAAAAAACAAAUCCGCUGUCAGGGAAGAUACCGACUUUGGUGCUUAGGCUUUUACGAGGAUUAGAGCACAAAGGACACACUGUCUGGAUGGACAACUUCUACAAUUCCCCUACUCUUGCAAGAGAGCUCAAAGUACAGGGGUUCGACUGCGUCGGAACUCUGAGGACUAACCGCCAAUAUGUACCUGCUGAGUUGACAAAACUAAAAGACAUGGCCGUUGGUCAAGUUUGUGGAUGCACCUCUGGGGACGUCGAUCUAAUUGUGUGGAGGGAUAAAAAGCGAAUAGCUCUUAUAUCUACUUACCAUGGCUUAACUACAGUGGAGGAUGCAGACACAAUUAAGCCUGCUUUAAUAGCUGACUACAACAUUUGCAUGGGGGGAGUCGAUAAAAAGGACCAAAUGCUUGCCAUGUACCCCAUAGAGAGAAACCGAAAUAGAAUCUGGUACAAAAAAUUUUUUAGAAGACUUUUAAACGCUAGCACAUUAAAUGCAUUCAUUUUGCUUAAGGCAUUCAAACAAUUUACUCAUAGGCAAUUUAGGCAAACAUUGGUGUUACAGUUAUUAGAACGCCAUAACACUAACAGAAGUCGCAAUCGACCUGCUUUACUAUCCCAACGGCAUGUGCCGCAACACUUUGAGCGACCCGCCGCAGGGUCUAAUGACACUAAGCGUCAUCUUCGACGCAAAUGUGUUGUUUGCUCGAAAAGAACGACAACUUUCUGUGAAGGCUGUAGUGGCAAGGCUCUUUGCGUACCUAAAUGCUUUUCUCAGUAUCAUGAAUAACUUGUGCUUAUUUAUGACAUUGUGAGAAUUUGGUAGAUAAUUGUCUGUGGUAAUACAAACACAAAAAAUGGAGUGUAUGUCUCUAUAAAAUAAAUAUACUUACUUACUUUAUUGCGUAAGAGAACGGUAGACCUAUAGAGCAUUGUCAUUAGUUUUAAUUAAGUUAGACGUAAAUCGACCUAUUGUUGUUCUGUUAAUGUUCUCAUAUUUUUAUACUUCGUCGGUGGCUAACAAGCGUACUACCCGCCUGGUGUUAUCCAGAUUUAGCAAGCUAUGUACUACUACAACCUCCCAAAGACUCUCAAGGCUUGUUGCUGUGAAGAUUGGCCGUGUUGAAAGCGAGAUGAACAAAAUGUAACACAUAAUAUUAUUAUCAUUUUUUAGCCAUUUUUAAUUAUAAUAAUAUUUUUAAAUUUUUAAUAAAAAAAAUUUGGGAUACUUGUUUGUUGCUUUGCCUGUUUACAAAACUUAAUAACAACCAGCCCCUGCUUCUUCUUGUUAGCUCAAGUAUUAGCCCCUCGCCAGUACGUUUGUCUGCUUUAUUACACAAAUUCGUAAUGUCGCCAACGAAGUUAACAUCGGGCUUCACCACAGAAGCUGGCGGUGGGCAAAAUGUUAAAAUCGGGCCUCGUCACUGACGAGGGUAAGUAGCUUUUUGACAAUUAGUCGUAUCCAUAUUAUUCAACGCUGUUGGUUGCUUACAACAGUAGCGUUUUUGUUGGGUUUAUAAUUAAAAUAUUUCUAUGCUUCUGUUAGAAUGUAGUACUUUUAUUAACUUUAUCUUGUUGUAAGUAUAUCGAAAUUAUCGAAACAUAUCGUUUCUCUCACCAGAACAUAAUGAUUAGUCUGCUAUAAUAAAAUAUGUAAAGGUGUUAAUUUUGAAAGACUGAAAUAGACUUUUUUAAACCAUGUACUGGAAAAAAUGUACUAAAUCUAACAGCUUCGUUUGUCUGUGAAACUGAGCUACUGGAUCAUUUUUACUGUUUAAAAAAGAAAUAAUAUACAAAUAAGAGUCAUUCUUUGAAUUAUAAGCAUGUAAAGUACCAUCUACUUAAGGUAGUUCUAAAGACAUACCCAUUAUGGUAUGUCACUUAAAACUGUUUUUUUGUAUUUUUUUUCUAUUGCAGGGUAUUAAAAAGGCUAAUGUUUAGCAAUACUUAGUGGUAAAGGCAUGUAAAUAAAGCUAAUUUGAAUAAUUAUA